AUGCAUAACGUAUUCAUCUUUGUAAUACUGUCAUCCUCAUUCGCUUUGAUAGCUCAUUCAUGUACGAUUACUGCAAAGUGGGAUCUUUCUGUUCAGAGUACUGUCUAUGGUAAUAUUGUUGCGCAUAUCAAAUCAGGAGAUACUGAUCUUGGGAAUCAUACCAUUCCAUUCGGUGGAAAUUACACCUGGUCUUUUUGUGCCAGGAUAGAUGGUGUCACUCUUUAUUAUGGCUACUUUUGGUGGGGUUCAAGAUUUCAAAGCUUAGCUUUGUAUGACAAUCGCAUUCGUGACAUAUGUUCAAGAUUUCAAGAAUCGGGUACCGGACAUUGUUAUUGGUUAGUAACACCAGAUGGAUUCUAUGUAUCUGGGGAUCCAUAUCAAGGUGGGGCUGAUCCACAUGCAGUGUUUAUAAAACAAUGGUCUUAA